GGAUUACUUGGCAGGCAAGGGACAUUUCGGAGACACAAUUGCUGAUAAUGUGGUGGAUCCAUCUCAGAAAUCAUAUGCAUAAACCACAUAUGCACAUGGAGAAAUUGAAAUGCUUUGAUUCUUCCUGUCUCUUUGGUGUCUCUUGACCUGCUUCAUAUCUCUCACCAUCUAUAUAACACAAACUCUGGAUGCCAGGGAAGGCACUGCAAAUCAUCUCUCUCAACCCUUCUAUUCCAGCUUCAGAAAAACUUCCUCACAUCUUCUUUAUCAUUCACCAAGAAAACCAGAAAAAAUGGCAGCUGCUUCUUUCCAUGCUCGCUCCAACAGUUUGCCUGCUAGAUCACACCCUCUAGUUUCUGAGAUCGAUGAGCAGGUUUGCAGGUUGAGACAAUCUCAGGCUGCUUCAACAUCAUCGUCAUCCAUAGGCCGGAAUCUAAAUGGUCUUCAGGAUGUGUAUGAUUGUGUAGACCAAUUGCUCCAACUUCCAACAACCCAACAAGCCUUGAUCAAUGACCAAAAGUGCUUCAAUGAGCUAUUGGAUGGAUCUUUGAGGAUCUUGGAUCUGUGCAACACAGCCAAGGAUGCCUUGUCCCAAAUGAAAGAGUCAGUCGCCGAGCUUCAAUCCGCUAUUCGCAGAAGGCAAGAUGGUCUGCAAGGAGAAACCAGAAGAUACCUGAAAUCUAGAAAGGCUGUCGUCAAAGCUAUCCAGCAGGUCUUGAAGGGUAUGGUUAACAAGAAAUCUACUUCAUCCAACAAUGUCGAGACCGUCUCCAUGUUGAAGGAAGCUGAAUCUGCUGUAGUUGACGUUUUGGAGAGCUUGUUGACAUUCAUUUCUCAAUCAAGCUCAAAGCCAACCAGCUGGUCAUUAUUUAAAAGGGUUGCAUCAGUAGCAGCAACAGAGAAUGAGUUUUCAGAUGUCGAUGCCGCCUUGAAGAUGAACAACUCUAGUGAAGAGAUCCAAGUUCAACUGAAGAACUUGGAGCCAUGCAUUCAAGAUCUCGAGGAAGGAGUUGAGAGCCUCUUCAGGCGUUUGAUAAAAACAAGAGCCUCCAUUCUCAAUAUCCACAAUCUGUAGUUACAUCAUCAAAACAAUACUUGUACAAGUUGUAUAGAAAAAUUUUGAUACUAAAAUCCAUAAAUAUACAUGGUCUCCAACUUCGUAGCAAAUUAUGUAUCUUUCAGUUCAUUGCUCCAUCUUACCACCCUGCACUUUCUUACUGACCAUUUUAAUUACCUUUCCCAUACAAGAGAAGCAUGACAGUGGAAACAGCUUAUGGGAUCAUUUCAGAUAGUUAAGUUAAAAUUAAGAGCUGGUGAACAUUAAACAGAUUAAUAUUUGUCAUUGUCCUAUUUAUUUACCUUUCUGCAAAUGAGAGGAAAAUGACAGUUAAAAUGAGUAGUGGCAUCAUUACAGAUAGUUUAACUAUCUUGAUUAACCUCUAACUCUAUGUUUGAAAGCUGGUGAAUUAUUAAAGGGAAUUCACAUGGGGAGGCUCAUAAAUCCCAAAUUAACAAUGUCAAAAGAUCAUUAACACGAUUUUCCCUUCAAUUUGCAUCAUUUAUAAAAGGGCUGUAACACGUUGGAGGAAGCCAGAUUAGUGGAUCUUGCCCUCCAUUAGUGAAACAACCCUGUUAAUCCAUGCAGCAUGCUGUUCAAAAUUAUGAUUAUUUUAUACCAUACUGCAUCAGGUUUUAGCAAACUUUUAGCAUGGUUCUAGGAGCUAGCUCGUGGCUAUGAACUGGCAUUAUGCAGAAGAUGACAGUAUAGGGAAUACGAUUAGGCAUUCAUCGUGCUAUCGUUAAGUAUAUUAAUUGAUCAAGGUGGUGGGAAGAUUGGAAGCUAACUAACUGGAUCUUGCCCCCCAUCCACACUGCAAUAUGUUAUCCCAUGCAUUUGAUUAAAGCUUAAACUGAUACCAUUAAGGACACAUUUAAUAAGCGUUUAAUCAAUAAGGGAACAUUUACAAUUAGUCAAUUACCAGACCCCUCGUGUAGACCAUUGAAGAACUACUUUCUAAUGAAUCCAUACAAUAGGCAUGAUUUUGUAGGUUGAGAGAUUCUGGAAAUGAUGAAUUGAAUGCACUGAUCGAUACCUUAAGCUUCAGGUUGCAAAAUCCUUCACAUGAAUGGAUCACCGAGAGACUUUGGCUUGAAAUGUUGUCUGCUCAGUUAGGCAUGCAGACUAUCUGCUCUAGCAAGUUCAUCUCUACUUGCCACUUGGUUAUGGUUUUCCCAGCUCAGAGAAACCAGCAAUGAACAUCAACAGGCAACUGUUCUUCUUUUGUUUUUGGUCUGUAGAUCAAAUGACAAUGAUGAUUCAAACACGAUGAGACAGACUUAUUGUUUGUUUUAGCCUGCUGCAUCUAGUGGUUCUAGUUUGAGAGUUGCAUUGCAUCUACAUAUUCCUCAGUGGCGCCUUAUAAAGUUUCCCUUCUGCUGCCUUCUUGGUAUCUCAAUUGACUAUUUAUGGUUGGAUAUCAAACGACAAACAAGGAAGGUGAUGCACGAGUAAGCUGUUUCACAUAAUUUUCAAUGCACUAGAGAGAUGACAGCUCCAUUUUUAUUUUUGGGUAGAAACAGCUCCAUUUUUUAAUGAUGUAGUAGGUGAAGCAGAAUGCAUGGAUCUUGCCUACCUUGGUGAUGGAUGCCAAUGAGUUGGAUUAAAUGGUAGGAAAGGGA